CUAAUUCAUCUUAUGGAAUCUUCUCUUCUGUUGUGUGCCUAUAACCCAUUCAUCCCUACAGAGAGUUUCCACUACCGCAAGCGAGGAAUUAUACAAUAACAAAUCGGAUUGGAUGUUUUUUUAACCCUGCAAAGCAGACUGGCUCCUUCAUCAAAUGCUGACGACACGAGGCGAGCAGCUAGCAACUCCACUCAACCCACUCUUCGACGAUGAUUAUUGGUCGCCUACGGCGAGGAUCGUGGAAUGCUCUUCGCGCAGUUUGGAACAGAACAACCACUGCCAGUGAGGCAGCAACUGGACGAACAACCGGUCUCGGAGCUGCUAGAACUCGAAACUAGAAAACGAGGACUCGCUGCGAGUUCUGUUUUCUGCCUGUGGGUUUGCUGAGGUACGACCGAUAUGCGGUGAUUGCGAGGAACGCGGCCUCUCUUCUGCUGGUGUGUUUUUCUUAUGCAAGCCAUCAUUAAUUUUAUCUCAUUGCCGGUUUUGGGGUCAUAAUUGUCGGCGAAAUAACCAGCAAGUUCAUCAGUGAAGGCUUCUCCAACUGCUAAUAACACUGCCAUGUUUGUAUUUUGAGUACAUCCUAACAAGUGUGCUAUUUUAUUAAAGUUCCAUAAAAUAUUAUCAAAAGGAUUGUCAUUCAAAGAGAAAUAUUGCGUUUUUCAUUACUUCUGUGUCAACAAGUCGUGAAUGAUACAAUAGAAGCCCACUGUUUGAAAUAUCCUGCCAAAAUUCGAGCUUAAAGAAAAAAAUUACUAAAAAAAAAUAUCUGGGCCAUUGAAGAUCACGUGCAUUUCUUUUUCAGUGUAUUAUUGGUGAAAAGCAUUUCAAACAAAUUUUUCAAUGGAAUUUUCUAUCUUUUGUUAAUUACCGUUUUGUUACAACCGACAGGAUUAAUUCUUCCCCUGCCCCUAUCGCUUCGCAUGGAAUUUUUUUUUAUAACUCUUUGACAACUUCAAAUUGUGGUGCUCUGUUUAAAUCUCUGGAAUACUGCUACUGUUAGUGGAAUUUACUGUUUCGACCAUGUGUUCUUGUGAAAUUAUCAGUGACUUCUAGCAUUUGUAUUUUUUUAAGCACUUCGGAUUUUUACAGAUUCCUUGAAAGAAAAAGUAAUCAAAAAUGGCUUUUCGUGGCGGAAAACGAAAAGACGUGAAAAAGCAAUCCUACUAUUUGUGGUUUCUUGGUGCUAAAGAGAGCAAAGGCCUGAGGGGUGAAGAAUAUAUUAGGCCUGUUCUUAGACAUUUGGUAGACAAAGAACGCGAGCUCGAACCCAUGAAAGUGACGUUACAGGUGAGUACGAAGGGCAUAAAGAUAAUCCAGAAUGUUCCCAGAAAGAACAACAAGGGUAAGACGGAGCAGAUAAAGCACUUCAUACCGCACCAUGCCAUCACGUGCGUGAUGCAGGAAUCCAAACCGAAUGACGACGUGGUGUGCUGCAUCCUGCUCAUCUACAACCCUUUAACGAAAUGCCCUGUCCAUGUGCACGCGUACAGGUGCGACUCGGUGGAGACGGCCAGUACUUUGAGGUCUCAGCUGCAGAUCUUAAUUGAUAGGCCAGAAAAUCAGAAAAAAUUCAGGGAAAUUGAGAAUCGACUGGCGGCUAAGGGUUUAUUGCCGUCCAGGUGCCUCAAUUCGGAUGGUAGAUCCACCAGGACCGAUGGAUCGGACAGAACUGAAGAUUCUUCUGGAGGUUCUUCUGAAAGGGAAGUAGGUGUGCGUAAGGAACACAUCGCCAGCCUCUACGAUUCCUUAGCUGCCGAACUGCGGGAGCGACUCACAAAUCGCAACAGUUGUCCAAUCCUCCUCCCUCCAAAAGAUUAUGACACUGUCAGCAGACGACAAGGGAAAUUAGAUGGAAUAGACAGCCGACGCAGUACCAACUACAAUCUCGUAGGGUUGACCAAAACGCCAUCCCCACUCAUCCAUCAGACGAGCGGUGGAAAAUCCCCUUCCAAGAACCAAGACGCCACGAGUGCAAAAUCGUCUGGUGGCAAAUCCAGCAACAAAUCUAGUAGCGGGAUCGGAUCAGACGAGGCACUUAGUUCAGCAAUCCAGGAGGUCUCCUCUCAUCCGGAUUUCGAAAGCAAAGAAAUCGAUCCAGACACGAGCUCGGAUGACGAGGAAGACUGGCCGGAUGCUUCUGGGCUCAAUGAUGACGACGAUGAAGACGACGAAGAGGAAGUGAUUCCCUCGUAUGAAUGGCGUCGACCCCCUAGAUACGCACCUGCAUCUUCAGGUGUUCCAAGGGACAGGCGUAGUCGAUCAUCCCCUGAUGACGAGGACGAUCAUAGGAUAAAUCGGGUACACAGGGGAGUGCGAGGGAUUGUUGAUAAAUUCGAACGUCGAGCGGUAUCUCCAACGCCUGCCAGUCAAGAACUUCAUCGGACGCCAGUCAAAAUGCCUGCCACUCCACGAAGAUCUGACAAUUCAAUGCCAGAACCCGAGCACAUGAAACACUUCGACGUAGUAUACAGAAGACACAGCAAUCCUCUCGAAAAGAAAAUUCAGCGAGAAUCUAGACCCGUCUCCUACCCCACUGCGGUCAUCGAUCCAGUUUCACCAAGGCCGAGUAAGUCCAGACCUAACUUGGAACCUGCAAGUGACCAUCGUACCAAGUAUAUGGACGUCAUGCCUCGUCAGAACUAUGGGGAUAGGCCAUCGCAGGACAUUAUGGGUGACCAUCUUAAUCCGAUCCAAAGGUACCCGGCCAACUAUGAUAGAUAUGGUGACAGACAUUCCCCUUCCCAUAUUCCAAGCCGCGACAGGGACUUCCGAGACUCCCGUCCCUUAUCUUCGUCCCCCGUAGGUGUCAGGCAAUUCAGGUCCCCCGAACGGCAACCUUCCCCACACGAUAUGUAUUCAAGACAACGCCAGCUCAGUUCUACGGACAUUCGACAAGAAAGAGCUUUCCCUUCUAGGUUUGUAGAGCCUUAUCCAAGUGCUAGACCUACUUAUCUACCGCCACCGAACGAAGAAAGGAGAAGAUCGGGAUACUUCGAUCUUCCAGUCGAUCCCAGGGACUACAGGCAUAGUUUUGUAGAAUCUCCAUUCCGUAGACUCCCCCUAAAUACGCAGUAUUAGAUUCAAUUGAUCUACUUUUCGUUCCCUUCAAAUCUACCGUCAGUGAUGUGCCACAAGAAACUGUUAACUGACUGUUCGGUUCAUUUCCCUCCCUAUCUUGAGAUGCUUUUCCAGUUUUUUCUGGAUAUAUCGAUAGUUUUGAGUCAGGUUUCUGUGUUUUGCUUUGAAUCGUUCUGCAUUUUGUCACUUUCAAUAUAUUGCUGUUCGAAAAAAAAUAUGUGUGUUGUGUUCCUGAAUUCAUCGGGAACAGCACUCAAGCGAUAUGAGUAGGUAAUAUAUAUAUACAUGUAGGUAUGUAUAUGAAUUACCUCGAUGAUUGCAGAAUUUACAGAUGGUGGCUGAAAUUGCCAUAGUUUUAUCGAAGAAAUGGAUAUUAGAGAUGGAAAAGAAAAUUUAGUGUUCAGAAAAUGGCCAUUUUAAAAUGGUAAUCAUUUUCGACCAACAACACUACGGUAAAUUGCUCCAAUUUAAAACAAAAUGAAAAUCUUUUACUUUUUUAAGUGUUUUUUAAUAUUUUUAAGUCAUGUCAUGAAAAGCAUAUUCAUCAUAAUCAGUUUUAUAAGAAAUAGACUUUUGAUAUGCAGUUUUAAAAAUAUAUAUGACAGUGCAAAUUUUUAUUACUAUUUUAAAGUUUUUUUUAAAGUUUCUCAUAGUUUCAUCGCCUUCAUUUUUUUAAUUUUUUAUAAAUGAUAUAAUAUUUUAUAAUGCAAAAGAUACAUUUAAAUUUUCGACUUUAAUUAAAAUGCAUUUUGUUCGAAGUUUUUCAAAUAUGAUUUCAAAAUCUUAUUUAAUGGCUUUUAUGUUCAGAACUCUUGCGAUUUACUGAAUUUUCUCUACUACUGCUGUAAUAAAAAGCUUUAGAGAAGCGAUGUUAUAAAUUGUAAUGGAUGCAAUAGAAGGAUAUUUCACAGUCUUCCCUAUGAUCAAAAAGCUAUUAAGAUUAAUGUGUGACAUAAUCGUGCGUUUAAAAAUGUUGCAAAGAAAAAUUUACAUGAAAUGUAGUUUCUACUAAAAAUAUUAAAUUUAACACUGUUUUCCUGUAAAGAAAAUUUGUACAAUAACAUAUUAUAUUGAAGAAUUACAAUGUACAUUUGUCUAAAGAACUAAUUUAUUUGUUAAAAAAUAAUUUGUGUGUAUUUACAUGUCUCUGCCGUUGUAAAAAUAAAAUAAAAUAUUGCUCUUUUCGU